UUAAUUUUGUAGGGAUACAAAACUCAGACAUUGCUUAAAAUAACUUUGACCAUAUAGGGGUAUGGAAAGCGGCUUUGUAGUCAACAAAGAAAUGGUAGUUGUUGAUUUGUCUCUCUCAUGUCUUUUCCAGGAUUUGGUGUAGUGUGAAUAUCUGAUCCAGGGUUUUAAUCUUUCACACAGUACGCUCGAGAGUAUCUUGUAUGCGGUGGGGAGGAUACUUAUUCCUCUGUAGUUGGCACAUUCCGUCUUGUCUCCUUUCUUGUGUAUGUGACAUAGUAUGCUGAGGAUCCAAUCAUCGGGUAUGCGUUCUUCUUGCCAGAUUGCGCAGAUAAGCUGAUGCAUAUGCCUUAUCAGCGUGUCGCCUCCGGUUGAGCGGGUAACCCGUCGGCACCUGCUGCCUUGGGUCACUGCUACUUGGACCACAUUCUGACUAUGAGGUAAACAUUCUAUACCAUCAUUAUUGAUUGGUUCGGCGGUAUCCUCUUCGCCGCCAACUUCGGACACUAGGAGUCACAAUUUGCACCAAUAGUCAUCAUAGCAAGUACAAAAAACAAGAACAAAACAGAGUAAAAAUUCAUUUCAAGAUGAGUAGUAGAAUCGUUUAGAAGAGUCAAUCAUCACUCGCACGAAGAAUGAGAAGAAAGAAAUUAAUUUAGUUGUCAAUGAACCAUCAUUAAAUUCAACAACCACAACAACACCAACAUCAACAAGCGUCGUGUGCGUGCAUUUUUCCAAACAUAGAUUCGAUUUAAAUUUAUUUUGUCAUUUGCGUCUCGAGCGAAAACCCGCAAAACAAAAAAUAGAAUGAUUUGGUAGCGAAAAUUUGCUGUUUUGGUGUUUUUCAUUUUGUUUUACAUAUCUUUUGCGUGUAACAACCAACAACACAAUGGCUGAGUCAAUAUCUUCCACUACAUCGUCUUCGUGCCGUUUGGAUGACGCUGCCUCACAUUCCGAUUCGAUUGUGUGCCAGGGAUUCUACAGUGAUUCUUCCUUGCAGCCAACGGAGGAAGAUAUUCAAGAAUAUGCCAAAACUAUUGGCAUUGAUCCGGUCAAGGAGCCUCACUUAUUGCACUUGGCCAAGGAGGGUCUAAUGCGCCCAUUGCCUGCUAACUGGCAGUUAUGUUCAGCGGAUGAAAUAGGAGAUCCUUAUUACUAUAACAUUAAAGCGAAUAACACGCAACGUGAACAUCCUUUAAAUGAGUACUAUCGUCAAUUGGUGAGGCAGGAGAGGCAAAGACACAAUGAGUUUCCCCUGAAAAUUGGCAUGAAUAAUACAACAAAAAUGGAAGAUAAACCUACACCAGGCUCCACACCUCCCAGCAGGGCGGACAUAUUUGGUAGAAAUGCACAGUCACGAAAUAGUGUUAAGGCCAAGGCAUCACUAUGGGAUCAGGCAUUCGAUGAGGUCUACAACAAGGUAAUACAACAAGAGAAACCCAAGCAGGAGCCAGUGAAGAAAUCCGCAGCAGCAACAGCCCUUAAUGCUGAAGAGGCUGUGGAGGCCAUGGAGACUACAAUGGCAUCGCCUGCAAAGAAAGCUGCGGCCAAGACCUCUGAAAAAGAUUUCGAUAUACAAAGUCCUCCCUCGGGCGAGGGCAAUGAGAAGGUCCAAAAUAGCUCGGAAACCUCUUCGUCAUCUUCGGGUCAGUCGGUUCAUGCCGCAACAACAGGAGCCAUACCUAAACUAUAUGGCAGCUCAGGUCCCAGCUCUACCACAGCCAGUGGUUUCAGUGGCAAUGUGAAUCGUUUUCUGGAGACUAGAUCUAAAAAUUUUCCCAAAACUUUGGGUAAAAUACCCACAGGCUUUAAUGUCAAAGCAGGCAAUGAAAAAUAUCCCUUUCAAGAUAAAGGUGACAAGGAAACGGAUAUUCUGCAUCAGCAGGAGGAGGUUAAUGAUAAGAAAGGUUUCACCCUCUCCGGUACAGGGGCCAUGUUUCUAAAGUCUCGCCGCCAUUUUGGCAUAUCCUCCUCUGAACCUCCGGUCAAUUAUAAAGUGGUGGUGGAGGGAGAGGUGGGCACUCCUCCCGGCUACAAGAGUAUUUUGCGUGAGACUGGCCUGGAAGAGGUCAAGCGUCGUUGGCAAAGGGAGUUUGCCAAGAGCGAUCAACGCGCCAUAUCCGACACAGAUGCUGAUGAUAGAAAGAAUGUGCGCUUCAAUCUGGAUGAAGCCAGAAUUCCCAGUUCCAGCGAAGAGGAAUUGAAUGCAGAAAUGUCUUCCGAGUCUGAAGAUGUCAAUGAUGUGGAUGAUCCCUGGGGUGAUGAGGAAUUGGAUGAAUUCGAAGAUCUAGAGCAUGAUGAUGAUGUGGAGGAGGUUAAUGCCUGCGUGGGCAUAGGCACUUUGCCCAUGGAGGCCGGUUUGAGCUAUCAACGCAGUCUCAAUCCCUUCCUGAUCAAUGAUGAGAGACAUUUGAAGGAGAUAAAAGUCACCCCGGUGAGCAAAAGUCAAACCAUACAAAUGCUUAAGGCGCAAAGUUUUUCCAUACACAUGAAGGCCAAAGAAGCCGAAGCCAAUGUGGCCAGUGAAUCCAAGGAAUUGGAUAAUCCCAUAGCUGUUCAGUAUCUGGCCAAGUUCAAGGAAAUAGGAGCGGUGAAACCCAUGUAUGAGGACACCGAUUCUGACUCCAAAGGCAGUUCUGGGCAUAGCAUUGUUGUGAACAAGCAAGAACCUGCCGCCAUGGCCCACAGUCCCUCCAACAAUCCCUUUGAGAUGGACGACCUGGCGGUUGAGGUUGAGCCUGCAAAACCUGCACAGGUGGUGGUGCAGGCUAGUGAGAAACCCUCAACGGUAAGAUCCUUUAAGGUGGCCUCCAAACUGGUGGGCUUUCUGAGGAAAGACCCGGAAAAGAAUGAAGCCAGCAAAGACAAGGACUCAGAUGACAAUUCCUUUGAAAUGGACAAAGACAGGCCUAUGUGGAUAAGCGAGGAUGGCUAUGAGUCCGAAUGUCCUGGCAACAAUCCUUUCGAUUUGGAUGAACUGGGUCGCCGUCAUAGCCGUGAUGUAGAGCUGCUGGAAAAGAAAUUGCGCAUGUCCAAAAAUGAAAGACCCACAACACGUUCCUUUAGGGUGGCCUCCAAGCUGGUCAACUUGUUGAAGAAGGACAAUGAAAAAGCUUCCUCCUCCUCGGAUUCCAGCAAAUCCGCAGAAUCACAAGAAAAAUCCAUGGAGGAGUUAAGGGAAUCCUUGGAGAAACAAAGGCAGACUUGGAUCAAAGAGGAACGCGAGAAGAUGGAGGAGCAGCUGCAACAAGAAAUCAGCCAAAUUAAAAAGGACCAUGAACAGAAACUGCGCAACAUACGCCAUGAAUAUGAUCUACGCUUGACUUCAUUUCGCCACCAAACUGAGGAAGCCCUGGAAUUGGAAAUGGCAGAAUACCGCAGACAAAUAGAGGAGGAAUACGAGGGGAAGCGCAACACUGUGGUCGAUGAGCACAAAACCCAAAUGGCCACGGUGCAAAAGAAUCACGCGGAGAUAUUGGAGGAGCUGGAACGCGAUCUGAAGAGCGAGGAGGAAAUGAUUAAGAAGGAGCAUGCCACAAAACUGCAGCAGAUGAAGGAUAAACUCAAUGAUGAGCUGGAAGCCGAACGCCAACGCAUGAAGGAGUCCGGUGAGGAGAGGCUCUAUGAGAAGGUGCGUUGUGAGAAACGCCUGCUGGAGGAUAAAUAUCGCUGUCUAAAAGAGAAGUAUGCCCGUCUAAAGACGGAGGUCAAACUUUCGGUGGAGAGGCGCAAUCGCCGCAGAGAAGCCCAGGCCUUGCAGCAAAAGAAUUUGCAUACUACCACCACAGGCUCAGAGACAGAACGUUCGACUUCACAUAGGCCUCCAAUUACAACGGUGAGUAGUGAAAAUCGUUCGGCUAGCACUACACCGGGGAGUGGACAAAGCUCCAAGCCUCCAGUGCCCAAUAAGACUCAUCUGGUGAAUGCCAGCAAGGACACCACACCAUCUACAGAGCGCAGCUCCGAAAGAGUGGUGUCCUCAAGUUCGCGGAGACCCGGGGCCUCGCCCAAGUAUGCCCGCCAUCUAAGGGUGCAAGAUGACACCACCUCGGUCAGCCAAUCCGAUACCACUAUAUCCAAUAAUUAUCCCAAAGGCAGAUAUCUGCUGACGCCUAGUACAGCUCUCAGCGAUAAUGGCAAUUCUGAUUCGGAGGCCUUUGCCAGCAAUGUGGAGAACAAUAACAACUCUCGUCGCGGCAGUGGUGCAGGACCGCAACAGCCUCAACAGCGCAAAAAGCAAUUCACAAGACUCAAAUCGGCCUCAACAUCUCGCCUCAAUACGGACAACAUUAAAAAUGAACGUCCCUGUACCCCAGUGGAGAAUCUGCGCCAUCAACUGCAAAAGCUAGAAGACCUAGAAGAUCAAUUACCCGACAAUGCCUUGGAGGCCACCUAUCAUUUGCGCUAUCCCUUCUCGGACAUAUCGAAUGCGGACUAUGCCGCAGGCUCCAGUUCCGAAUUGGAGUUCUUCAAACAUCGCAUACACCUGGAGAGGGAUUCGGUACGCCGAGCUAAGGAGUCAUUGCGUUCGCAAAGAACUACCUUUAGAGCUAGACAGCGAGAAAUCAAGCAAAGGCACAAUAACAUGGCCACACGUCACAGUCUCGAACAGCUGAUACAGGAAGAGAAAGAUCUCACCGAAAUGGAGGUGACACUGCAUCGGACACGUGCCUUGUUGGGCGAGAAGGUCAUACGGCUGCGCCAUUUGGAGCAGAGUGUCAUGCGCAUAUGUGACAAAGCUGGCAACAAGGCAUCGCUCGACCUAUUGAGUGUGGAGCCAAAAGAAGAUGCAACUUUGAGUGAUUUGUCGUCUCAGUCUAGCUCCGGUUUUAGUAGUACCGAUUUGGCCAGCGGCGAUACUCAGAAUCUAAAUAAGCGCAGAGAGUUUCACAAUUUGGAGUCCAAUGAGUGCAUAAAGAAUUUGGAAAUAUUGAAUGCGGAAAUAAGAGAGAUAUUGGAUUUGUUGGGCAGAGGAGGUCAGCAGACAGGUUUUAACAUACCCAUGAUACCGCCAGCAGAAUUGAAUUGGUCUCAUAUGAUGGGUUCCCCAGGAGCGGGAACCACUCCCAUAAGUCCAACACCAGAUCGCCGUGAGGGUUAUCGAAAACUAAGCUCUGGCAAUACCUCCACCAUAGAUCGCAUGCAAAAUUCCAUGAUGGCUGCCAAGACCAUAGCCUCUCAAAAUCCCAAAGCCAUCAACUAUACCAACAGCCUGGUGGAGAGAACACGUGAUAUACGUAAUUGGCUGAAACAGGCCAAAAAUGAACAUGAGCUGGCCAGUCCCAAAAACUUGGGGUUAACAAGUCCUCAGGCUGCCAGUGGUCAAUUGACACCCAAUAAUGCUUCGGGCAGUGAGGGUGGUGUUAGUCCCGUGGGAGCAGUGGGACCAUCACCUGGCAACUCUUAAAGCAAAUGAAAGAGAGAGCAAGAGAGAGAAGAUAUGAGAAAACUAUCAACUGACAAUUAAGUUUCCUUGUAAGCUCCAAGGAAACUCCAACAAAAAUCACUGAUGAUGAUUAGGUUGUGCUCUAAGUGUAGUAGUAAUCGUUAGAAUUGAGGAACUGUCGUAUAUUAUGGUGCCAAAGAAUUGAGUAUUAAAACUUUAUGAGUGAUUGCUAGAACUUUUUUCAAUAGCAAACAAUAAUGACGUUGAAAAAAAAACAGCAGAAAGAACUAACGAUUGACCGAUAGAUAGAUAGAUAGACAGACAGACAGACAGAUAGGCUGAUAGUAGUUACAUACAAUACUUGGAAACAUUAUUUCAAACGAUAUUGUCAAAAUUUAGUUGUAAAAUGAAACAAGACACUCUGACAUAGGCCAGGAGCUCGAUGACUCCUUGUGCUUGGCUAAUAGUAAUAGCAGUAGUAUAGAAAAAUAUACAUUAAAUGAUAAAAAAACAUAGUUAAAGAAUGAAGAAAUCAUAAAGAAUAUCGUUUAGAUCGUCUAAGGGUCUUUUAGGUGAAGAGAGUAUUUAAGGAUGCCCUCAAACUAUUUUGACUAGCCUUUGGAUGAUUAAAUUUAGUGAGGCUGCAUAUAAAGUUGUUAUAAUUUGUUUGGAGAUGUAAACGCGAACCGUUUUAAGAUGGCCAUAUAUUGUUUACCCCUAUCAUACAGGUUGAAAUGGUUCACCCUCUUUAGAGAAGUACUGGCAUACGCCCGGUUGCUUCGCUACACCCGAUGCUGCACAGUCAGAAGUCAAGGUGUAACUGUAUCCCAAUUUUAAAAGCUCUGGCUCAAUCCGGAAAGGAAGUACAAUUUUAAAUGUUUUUAUGCCCACUACCAUAGGUUGAGGGUAUACUAGUCAUUCCCUUUGUAAAUGCAAAUUUUGCCCAUGAAUAUUCCACUAAGGAACAGGGGCAACGCAGGACCGUACUGUGGUCAGGCAGUCUAAAACAGAUCUCAGUCCCUGGGUUCUCAAUGUAGACUCAAAAACGGCUGAACUGAUUUCCUUGAAAUUUUCACAGAUUGUGUAGGUUGGUCUAGAAGGGAACAUAGGCUUUAAAAUUUUUUGAUAUCGGGAAGCGGCGGACCCUCCCCCUUACCCCAAAACACUACCCAAAAUUAAAAGUGAACCGAUCGGGACAAUAUGGGACUCAAAUGAAAAGUAUUCAGGAGCACACUACGAAUUUCGUAUAAAAAUUGGGUCCCAGUAGCCGGGGGGACGCAAAACCCACCAAAAUAAGUUUAUAUGACGACCAUGACAAUAUGGGACUCAAAUGAAAGGUAUUCGGGAGUCAGGAAGGAGGAAAAGGCUUUAUAAUUUGUUGAUAUCGGAAGGGGCCGAACGUUCCCCGGUGACCCCUAAAACACCACCCAAAAUCAAAAGUGGACCAAUAAGGACAAUAUAGAUAUCAAAUGCAAGGUAGUGGAGAGUAGAAUAUUAAUAUGGUAUUUAAAAUUGAUUCCAAGUACCCAGGAAGUCGCCCUAACCCCAAAACUUCUAAAAGCAGCCAAAUGCAACGUCCAUAUCAAUAUGGGGCUCAAAUGAAAGGUAUUGGGGAGUAGAUUACGAAUCUGGCAUAUAAAAUCCGAUCGAAGUGUAGGGGGUCACCCAAUCCCCAAAAAUGGCUUAUGACCCAUCAUGACUCGGUUUACUUGUUUGUUUUGUAGAAUCAAAAACGGCUCAAGCAAUUUUCUUAAAAUUUUCACAGAUUGUGUAGGUUUUUGUGGAAGGAAACAUAGGUUAUAUAAUUUUUAGAUAUUGGGUGGUGAACGACCCUCCCACUUACCCCAAAAACGCCACCCAAAACCAAAAGUGGACUGAUAAGCACAACAUGGGAAGAAAACGAGUAUCGUAUUAAAUUUUGGGUUCAAGUACCCAGCGGGGGCCACCCCAACCCCAAAACUCCUCGACGUUCAUGUCAAUAUGGGACUCAAAUAAAAAGUAUUCGGCAUUAGAUUGCA